GAUCACCUCUGCAGGCUUGGAGAGGAACAAAGCGUUGCUCCUUCUGUUGUGUUCCACCACAGCGAAGUUCAGGGCGCUCUGAGCCCCUUCGUCCUCAUGGAUGUUGAUCUCUAACGGACCCCCAACGAGAUCGGAUAGACCCACCGAGACCAGAACCGCGAGGACGGGGAGGACAAUCUUCCACAUCAUGUUUAUCUGCCAGCUGACCCAAAACAACAAACACAGCUGAGCUCCACUCCUUGUUAUAUAAACCAGGACGACGUCACGGCUGUUGUUCCACGCUCUCAGCCAAUCAAAGCGCUCCGUUACGUUCCAUGCGUUCAAGUGUCCCUCGGAAAGUAGAGUACUUCCGGUACUUCUGUCUUCAGAAUCAGAAUCAGCUUUAUUGGCCAGCAGCAGCGUGUGGUCUGGACCUAUGGUCUGGACUCCCUGCUCGAUAUUCGCUCCAGUGAAUUCCUCUCCUUCCCUCUUCUGAUUCAGGAAGUGUAACUCAGCCUGAGGGCAGUCUGUGGAAGACAAACCAGUCUGAGCUCCCACUUUAAAACAUCACCUUUGGAACAGCACCAUGCAAAGACUGCAGGUUUUAAAGGACACUUUAUUUGCCUUGGAUCUGGUCCAAAGGCAGGCCCUGGCUGGUUCAGUGCUGGCAGCAGGUGGUUUACUGGCCUACCUGUACCACAAAAGAAGACAACUGAAAACUGUCCCUCUUGGUGACGGAUGGUGGGGAGCUGGAGAGAAACCACUGAGAGAGGAUGAUAAGAUCUAUCCCUUUAAAGUGGAAACCUCGGAUGAAGAAAUCAAGGAUCUUCAUGAGCGCAUCGACACAAGCCGCUACACUGACCCUGUAGAGGACAGCUGCUUCCAGUACGGCUUCAACUCAGCUCACCUGAAGACGGUGGUUUCCUACUGGAGACACGAGUUUGACUGGAAGAAGCAGGUGGCAGUGCUCAACAAGUAUCCACACUUCAAAACUAAAAUAGAAGGAUUGGAUGUGCACUUCAUCCACGUGAGGCCACCACACCGCCAGCAUCAGAGGGUCCUGCCUCUCAUGCUGGUCCACGGCUGGCCCGGCUCCUUCUACGAGUUCUACAGGAUUCUGCCCCUCCUCACAGAGACCCAGGACGAUGUUGUGUUUGAGGUCAUAUGUCCCUCCAUCCCUGGAUACGGUUUCUCAGAAGCUUCUCAUAAACAAGGGUUUGACAGCCUCGCCACGGCCCGGAUUUUCCUGAAACUGAUGGAGCGUUUAGGAUUCUCAGAGUUCUACGCGCAGGGAGGAGACUGGGGCUCCCUCAUCACCACCAACAUGGCCCAGAUGAAGCCUCAGUGUGUGAAAGGACUCCACUUGAACAUGUUUGUAUCAUCCAGGGGAUUCAAAGUGCUUCUGUCCCUCAUGAUCGGUCCUUAUCUGCCCUUCCUGGUGGGUCUAAGUCGGGAAGAUGUUCACCGGCUGUUUCCUUUCUUUGAGAAGAACGUCUAUGAAAUCCUGAGGGAAACCGGCUACUUCCACAUCCAGGCUACUAAACCCGACACUGCAGGCUGUGGCUUAAACAACUCUCCUGUGGGUUUGGCGGCCUACAUCCUGGAGAAGUUCUCUACCUGGACUGAUCUGAAGAACAAAAACCUUGUGGAUGGCGGUCUGGAGAGGAAGUUCAGUCUGGAUGACCUCUUGACUAACGUCAUGAUCUACUGGACCACAGGCUCCAUUGUGUCCUCCAUGCGCUUCUACAAAGAGAACUUUGCGACAAAUCCUGAUAAACGAGUGGAUGCAAAGGUACCCAUCGUCGUGCCCACCGGACUCGCUGCCUUCCCCGGGGAGCUGAUGCACUGCCCUAAAUCCUGGGCGCAAAUCAGGUAUCGAAACAUCCACUCGUACACCUUCAUGCCCCGAGGCGGACACUUUGCUGCCUUUGAGGAGCCGCAGCUCCUCGCCGACGACAUCAUUCAGUUUGUGAAGAAAGUGGAGAAGCUGUGAAACGCUUCAGCGCUCUGAGACCAAGUGAAUCCUAAAACAGCUGCUCUGUUGUUUCUGUGUUUUAAUCAUUCCAAUGGGACACAAUGCACAAUGCAUGUCCCCUGAUUGUGUUUACACUACAGUGUAUCGUCACAUGGCUGCACCCACAACUGCACAAUGAAGCUAUUUUUAGAUUUUGAUGAAUGUGAAGUGACGAUGCUGGCAUUCAAAGUGUGGAUUUAAAAAGCAUGUAAUGCAUUUAAAGUUUUGAUAAUUAAAGAUACUGCACUAAC